CAGGUGCCCCUGAUUACACAUUUUUUUAAAAAACAUGUCCACCCCAAAUCUUAAGUUUCACCAGUGGUUUGUGGUUUUUGAGACACUUAGAGCAGGCCUUAGCCUCCUGAUUCAAUAGCCACUUCAUUUUUCAAUGGAGAUUUUCCUUUGAUUAGGCCUGGAAUUUCCUCCAAGAAAAGGCCCUUUCUUCCCUUUCCUUCACCCUCAUUCCCUACAAGAUAACAAGCCUUAUAGAUUGCAACACAAAGUCUCUCUCCCAUCAGUCCCUACCCUCAGUGCCUUACUUUAUGUCUUCACUUCUCACCCAGAGUUUUGCAGUUAGCCCCCUGUGUUGUUUCCCACCUUUAGUCAUCCUUCCCUUCAGUGAGCUCUUCUGCAGAAAGAUUUUUAUAGCAUGGCAACCCAGCCCCCCUCUGGUCUCCCUUGCUUGUGUUCUUUUCCAGCAUAUCAAAGUAAAUGCAACGUCCAGAACAUGCCUAGUUCUCACAUGCAUAAGAGUGCUUUCCUUUAACAAGACUCCCUUCCCUUCCCCAUUCUUAUACUUCCACCAAGCCUGCUUAACUCUUGUACGUUCUUCAAGACUCAGAUCAGAGUCUUGAAGAAUGUAAUUUCAUAGCAAAGUUUCUCAUUUCUGUUCUGACCCCAUUUUGAGUAAAAUUAGUGCAUUUUGCAUUCCUCUAUCAAGUUCAUUUAGUGAUAAUUUGUCUAUUCUCCCCAGUAGACUCUCUUUACCUCUACCCCAGGAUCUAUCAGAGCUCCUUGUAGGUGCUCAGUGAGUGGUUGGUGAAUGGAAUGCCAUGCUAGACUUUGUUUUCACAGUAGAUGACCCUGUCACAUGGCAUUCAAAGAACCUGAAAAAAAAUUGGAACCAUUACUCUUUCCUAAAAGUUUUGGGACCCAAGAUUAUCACCACUAUCCAGAAUAACUAUGGCGCUGGAGUCUACUAUAAUCCAUUGAUCAUGUGUGAUGGUAGGCUUAUCAAAUAUGGGGUCAUUAGCACUAACAGUUUGAUUGAAGAUCUUCUCAACUGGAAUAACUUGUAUGUUGCUGGACGACUCCAAAAACCGGUUAAAAUCAUAGCAAUGAAUGAGAAUGUUGCUCUUAGGUCAGCCCUUGAUAAAAAUCUGAAGAGUGCUGUGACCACAGCUUUCCUCAUGCUCCCUGAAAGCUUUUCUGAAGAAGACCUCUUUAUAGAGAUUGCUGGACUCUCUUAUUCAGGUGACUUUCGGAUGGUGAUUGGAGAGGAUAAGACAAAAGUGUUGAAUAUUGUGAAGCCCAACAUAGCCCACUUUCGUGAGCUUUAUGGCAACAUACUACAGGAGAAUCCCCAAGUGGUGUAUAAGAUCCAGCACGGCAGACUGGAGAUAGAUAAAAGCCCAGAAGGACAAUUCACUCAGCUAAUGACAUUGCCCAAAACCUUACAGCAACAAAUUAAUCAUAUUAUGGACCCUCCUGGAAAAAACAGAGAUGUGGAAGAAACUUUAUUGCAAGUUGCUCAUGAUCCUGACUGUGGAGAAGUGGUGCGACUAGGGCUUUCAGCAAUUGUGAGACCUUCUAGUAUGAAACAGAGCACCAAAGGCAUUUUCACUGCUGGUGUGAAGAAAACAGUGGUUUAUAGUUCACUAAAGCUACACAAAAUGUGGAAAGGAUGGCUAAGGAAAACAUCCUGAUUUUGCUUGCUUCUAUAUGUGUUACAUAUAGAUUAAUAAAGUGAUCCUUUUUCACAGC